AACUUUAUUGUUCCUCUUGACGGACGGCGUCCGUGCUGCGGGGAAAUGAUGCGCUGACUGAAAGCGCCUGGGACGAUCCAGCCAGGGCGGCCGCGGUAUGUCAGGGAGUCGGCAGUCGCCGCACCACCCUGCGGCCGGGCCAGGCGCCGCGGGCCCUCCUGGAUCCUCUUCCUCCUCCGUCGCUUCCUCCGUCGCUGCCUCCUCAGUCACCACUUCGGCCUCUUCGGCCACCGCGACGGCGCCGGGCUCCUCCUCCUCCGCCUCGGCCGCGUUGGGAGUCCCUACGCGACCUGUGCUGGUGGCGGCCGCCGUCUCCGGUUCUUCCAGUGGCGGCCUUUCGCGCCUGGCGGGACCGGGUCGGGCCGGGCCGGGGAGUGGCGCCAGCGGGGGCACCGGCGGCGGCGGCAGCAGGAAGAGACCGCUGCUCACGCCUCUUUGCAAUGGACUCCUGAACUCCUACGAGGACAAGAGCAACGAUUUCGUGUGCCCCAUCUGCUUUGAAAUGAUCGAAGAAGCAUACAUGACAAAGUGUGGGCACAGCUUCUGUUAUAAAUGUAUUCAUCAAAGCUUGGAAGACAACAACAGAUGUCCAAAAUGUAAUUAUGUCGUCGAUAACAUUGACCAUCUUUACCCCAACUUUCUAGUGAACGAACUCAUUCUUAAACAGAAGCAAAGAUUUGAAGAAAAGAGAUUCAAACUGGACCAUUCAGUGAGUAGCACCAAUGGCCACAGGUGGCAAAUAUUUCAAGAUUUGCUUGGAGCAGAUCAAGAUAACCUUGAUUUGGCCAAUGUUAACUUAAUGUUGGAGCUACUGGUUCAGAAGAAAAAACAGCUCGAGGCGGAGUCCCAUGCUGCUCAGCUACAGAUUUUGAUGGAAUUCCUAAAGGUUGCCAGAAGAAAUAAAAGAGAGCAGUUGGAACAGAUCCAGAAGGAGCUGAGUGUUCUGGAAGAAGAUAUUAAACGAGUGGAGGAAAUGAGUGGUUUGUAUUCGCCAGUCAGUGAGGACAGCACUGUGCCUCAGUUUGAAGCUCCCUCACCUUCACACAGUAGCAUUAUCGAUUCCACAGAAUACAGUCAGACUCCUGGAUUUAGUGGCAGUUCCCAGACUAAAAAGCAGCCAUGGUAUAACAGUACAUUAGCAUCAAGGAGAAAGAGGCUUACGGCUCACUUUGAGGAUCUGGAACAAUGCUACUUUUCUACUAGGAUGACUAGAGUAUCAGAUGACAGCAGAACCUCAAGUCAACUGGAUGAAUUUCAGGAAUGUCUGUCUAAGUUCACGCGUUACAAUUCUGUCCGACCCUUGGCAACACUGUCGUAUGCUAGUGACCUUUAUAAUGGAUCCAGCAUAGUUUCUAGUAUUGAGUUUGACCGGGACUGUGACUAUUUUGCCAUUGCUGGGGUGACAAAGAAGAUUAAAGUCUACGAAUAUGGCACAGUCAUCCAGGAUGCAGUUGAUAUUCAUUACCCUGAGAAUGAAAUGACCUGUAAUUCCAAAAUCAGCUGUAUCAGCUGGAGUAGUUACCACAAACACCUGUUGGCCAGCAGUGACUAUGAAGGUACCGUCAUCUUGUGGGAUGGGUUCACAGGGCAGCGGUCAAAAGUCUACCAGGAGCAUGAGAAAAGAUGCUGGAGUGUGGACUUCAAUCUGAUGGAUCCCAAACUCUUGGCUUCAGGCUCUGAUGAUGCAAAAGUGAAGCUGUGGUCAACCAACCUGGACAAUUCCGUAGCCAGUAUUGAGGCCAAGGCGAAUGUGUGUUGCGUCAAAUUCAGCCCAUCCUCUAGGUACCAUCUAGCCUUUGGUUGUGCAGAUCACUGUGUUCACUAUUACGAUCUUCGGAACACUAAGCAGCCAAUCAUGGUCUUCAAAGGGCAUCGCAAGGCUGUUUCAUAUGCAAAGUUUGUUAGCGGGGAGGAAAUAGUCUCUGCGUCAACAGACAGUCAGCUAAAGUUGUGGAACGUAGGAAAGCCACACUGUCUGCGUUCCUUUAAGGGUCAUAUCAAUGAGAAGAAUUUUGUAGGUUUGGCAUCAAAUGGAGAUUAUAUUGCCUGUGGAAGUGAAAAUAACUCCCUCUACCUGUACUACAAGGGUCUCUCAAAGACACUGCUAACCUUCAAAUUUGACACUGUCAAAAGUGUUCUGGACAAGGACCGGAAGGAGGAUGACACAAAUGAGUUUGUCAGUGCUGUAUGCUGGAGAGCACUGCCAGACGGGGAAUCUAAUGUGCUGAUUGCUGCUAACAGUCAGGGUACGAUUAAGGUACUGGAGCUGGUAUGAACGGCGUUCUCGCUCUUGCACAAGGCAUGGGAUCCUUGAUUGUGCUUUUGUCCCGGAUUCUCAGUGGGACACAAGGCUGAAGCUAACUUGCUCUUCCUUCUCAGAGUGAUCACAUUGGGGGUUUUCUUUUCAUGUAUGGACACUCUUAGGACAUCUUGGGACUCUGGGAAGUACCAGUGAACUCAGUACCAUCAACGUUAACUCCACAGACUUUGAAGCUGCUGGUUCUAUUGCUUGUAUAAUUUUUAUGAUGAGGAGUUUUGGAGGGAGGAAAAUGAAUUCUUAAAUUAAAAAUAAAUCCUGAAAAAGGAAUGAUCAAAGUUCGUUGAGGCUUGUGUGGAAAUGAAUUGGCCCCUCCAUUAAUGGAUAUGGUGAUAGGUUUGCCCUUGUGUGUCCGGAAUGGUUCCAAGGCCUCUGUUAUGGAGCAAUCUUCUGAAUUACUACUUCUUAUAUUGUAAUUUGAGGGUCUCAAGUCAAAAAGUCCAUUUAGCUUUGUGUAUUUUUUUGUUUGUUUGUUUGAAACAAGUCAUGUGUCUGGGUAAGUUGAUCUCUCUGAGGAUUUGAAGUGCUCUGUAAAACCGACCAGAACAGCCCAUGAGACUGAGGUGAAGAGACCAUUACCUAAAGGUAUGCAGAAGGUUCUUUAUUUUGAGUCCACCUCUUUCUUUGGUCACCUCUCUUGCCUGCCAGCUGAGCAAGGGCACCAGCAUUGAUGUGGAUACAUGCUGACUGGGAAUGGGACUGACACCACUUAAUUAUCUCUCCCCCCACUACCCGCCAGUGGGCUGCCAGGCUGUUGUGAAAAGAUGAUAUUCUGUCCCUUUUGAUCUAAGUUAUGUUGAGAUGAUUCAACUGAAGGAAAAGGGAACUAUGCCUAGUCCCACAUGGCCCAGUUUUCUCACCCAGCCACCUCCAUUUUGUGACACUUGUAGAAACCAAGCUUUUUUGAAUGUUGUAAUAUAUUUUGGGGGACAGGCUAUGCUAGCCUUAUUUUUUAAUAACCAUGCAUACACUUAAUUGUACAAGCGGAGAGAAUGGGGAAAUAAACUGUGAUUCCAAA